AGCAAGAUGUUUCUUUCCAAUGAUACCAAUUUCCACCCUUCAUUUUUCAUACUGCUGGGGGUUCCAGGACUCGAAACUCUUCAUAUCUGGAUUGGGUUUCCCUUUUUUGCUGUAUAUCUGAUUGCACUAUUAGGGAACGUCACGAUUCUGUUUGUGAUCAAAACUGAGAGCAGCCUGCACCAACCCAUGUUCUACUUCCUGGCCAUGUUAGCCACCAUUGACUUGGGUCUCUCCACAGCUACCAUCCCUAAGAUGCUUGGUAUCUUCUGGUUCAACCUUAGAGAGAUAGUGUUUGAUGCCUGCCUCACCCAGAUGUUUUUCAUCCACAACUUCACAGGCAUGGAGUCAGCAGUCCUCUUGGCAAUGGCUUAUGACCGCUAUGUGGCCAUCUGCAACCCACUGCGAUAUAGCACCAUCCUCACCAACAAGGUGGUUUCUCUAAUUGGUCUUGGUGUAUUAAUGAGAUCAUUUAUUUCUGUUAUCCCAUUUGUAUUUCUCAUACUGCGAUUGCCCUUCUGUGGAAACCAUAUUAUUCCCCACACCUAUUGCGAACACAUGGGUCUUGCUCGCUUGUCUUGUGCCAGUAUCAAGGUCAAUAUUAUCUAUGGCUUAGGUGCUAUUUCUAUACUUGUAUUUGACAUUAUAGCCAUUGCUAUUUCUUAUAUCCAGAUAUUACGUGCUGUUUUCCGUCUGCCUUCUCGUGAAGCCCGGCUCAAGUCUCUCAGCACAUGUGGUUCACAUGUUUGUGUAAUUCUUGCUUUCUACACCCCAGCCCUCUUUUCCUUUAUGACACAUCGUUUUGGCAGAAAUGUUCCCCGUUAUAUCCACAUACUUCUGGCCAAUCUCUACGUCAUAGUGCCACCGAUGCUCAACCCUGUGAUCUAUGGUGUCAGAACCAAGCAGAUCUAUGACCGUGUGAAGAAAAUAUUAUUACAAAAAUAA